CCUGUUCGUCUUCGUCGCGUCGGGAAGAUGGCCGCGCAACAGUCGGUACAGAGCGAUCUUUAUAAAUAUGUUUAUUCCUUUCUUUUAGAAAAUAAGUUCACCAAAGCAGCACAGCAGUUUCUUAAACAGACGAAAGUGAAUCCUCUGGAUCAAAAUGAAGAUAGUCUUGUUGACAUCUACAGCUUCUGGUUGAAAUCUCCUGAAGCUAGAAAGCGAAAAGCCCCUCUUGGUAAGUCUGGAGAUGUCAAUGGUCCAUCAGCCAAGAAAGCAAAAACAAAUAAAGAGAGCUCCAGCAGCGAAGAAUCAAGCAGCGAAGAUGAAACAACUACAAAACCAAGUAAAGGAGCCCCUACAGCAGCCAAGAUACUUCCUGUUAAAACAGCAGCUGGUAAAGCUGCAGCCAGCAGCAGUGAAGAUUCUAGUGAUUCUGAGGAUGAGGUGGCACCUGCGAAAGCUCCUGUAAAGGCUCCAGUGAAACCAUCUGCUGCUGCCAUUGCUCCAGCUACUGCUGCUGUCACAAGGAAGAAGGACAGCAGCUCCAGCAGUGAAGAGUCUGAUUCUGAGGAAGAACAGGCAGCUAAAGCACCUGCACCAAAACUGAAGACUGGUGCGGUUACAGCACCUAAAGCUGCCAAACCUGCAAAAGUUGCUGCUCCAAAAAAGCAGGAGAGCAGCAGCAGUGAAGAUUCGUCUUCUGAUUCUGAAGAUGAACCAUCCAAGGCUCCAGUCAAACCUGCCCAAGUGAAGACUAUUGCUGCCCCUGCUGAAUCUAGUAGUGAAGACUCUUCUGAAGAUGAGCCUCCUCCCAGCAAAAAACCCAAACCAGGCACAUAUAGUGCAGUUCCACCACCUGGUACUUUUCAGAAAGCACCAGCUGCAAAGGCAGCAGUGAAAAACAAGACGAGCACCUCAUCAGACAGCAGCAGUGAGGAAGAAGAGAAAAAAGCAGCUGUUAAACCUGCCCCAGUGAAGUCCCUUCCUGCCAAACCUACUGUGACCAAACCUGCUGCAAAAAAACAGGAAUCCAGCUCUGACAUUUCAGAUUCAAGCUCAGAUGAAGAGGAAGUAAAAAAGCCUGCAGCCAAAAUCACCCCAGCUGUCAAACGUGUUCCAGCUAAGGCAGCAGCUGCUGAGGAGUCAUCGUCAUCAAGUUCAGAAGACGAGGAUGAAGUGAAGAAACCUGUUAAGAUUGUUCCAACUAAACCUGUACCAGCCAAAGCCAAACCUCCUGCAGAGGACUCUUCAGAGGAUGAUUCCAGUUCAGAGGAGGAGGUGGCAAAGAAGCCUAGUACAGCUAAGGCUACACCUGCUAAAACAGCUCCAGCUAAGAAAGAUGAAUCGGAUUCAGACAGCAGCUCUGAAGAUGAGGCCCCAGCAAAACCUGCCAAUAAAGCUGCAGCCACAGUGAAGCCUGCUGCUGCUUCUGCAGCCAAGGCAGCAGAUAGCAGCUCUGAGUCUGAAGACUCCUCUGAGGAGGAACAAGGACCUGCAAAGGCUAAGCCAGCUACAGCUACAUUAGCCUCCAAGCCUAAAGCUACUGCUCAGCCUCGUACAGCUCCUGCUGUUAAGCCUCCUGCAGGUGCCAGUAGCAGCUCAGACUCUGAUUCCUCCUCUGAGGAUGAGAAAGAACAAGUAAAACCCAAGCCAGCUGCAGCUAAAACUGUCGCUCCUGCUAAAAGGCCUGCUACACCUGCUGCAAAGCCGACUGCUGCAGCAGCAGAAAGCAGCUCGGACACAGAGUCAUCUUCUGAAGACGAGGAACCGCCAUCAGCACCAAAAGUGGCUACGCCAGCUUCAAAGACUAAAGCUCCUGUUGGAAAGCCUGUUGCUGCAGCAGCAGAAUCCAGCUCUGACUCCUCUUCUGAAGAUGAACUACCCAAGCAUCAGACAGCAGCAGGUAAAAUUAAGCCUGCAACACCUGCUGCAAAACCUGCUCCAGCAGCUAAAUCAGCUGCUCCAUCUAAAAAGGCUGCUACACCCAUUGCUAAGACUGCAGCUGAGAGUAGCUCUGACUCUGACGCUUCCUCUGAAGAUGAAGAACCAGCUAAGCACCAGACAGCAGCAGGUAAAUCGAAGCCUGCAACACCUGCUGCAAAACCUGCUCCAGCGGCUAAAUCAGCUGCUCCAUCUAAAAAGGCUGCUACACCCCUUGCUAAGACUGCAGCUGAGAGUAGCUCUGACUCUGACUCCUCCUCUGAAGAUGAAGAAGCAGCUAAGCACCAGACAACAGCAGGUAAAUCGAAGCCUGCAACGCCUGCUGCAAAACCUACUCCAGCGGCUAAAGCAGCUGCUCCAUCUAAAAAGGCUGCUACACCCAUUGCUAAGACUGCAGCUGAGAGUAGCUCUGACUCCUCCUCUGAAGAUGAGGAAGAACCAGUUCAGGCCAAGCCAGCAUCAGCUAAAGCAGUGUCUAAAUCUGUUGCAAAACCUGCUACAGCAGCUAAGGUGGCUACCAAAGCAGCAAAACCAGCCAAGACUGCAGCACAGAGUAGUUCUGACUCUUCAUCUGAGGAGGAUGAAGACCCAGGGAAAGCUAAAGUGGCAGCUGCAGCUACGCCAAAUGCAAAGGCUGUGAGUGCUGCCGCUGCUAAAACACAUCCGGUCAUUAAGAAACAAUCUCCAGCAGUAUCAUCAACCAAAAAAGCCACUGGAAGUGCCACCAUUCCUGCUGAGUCUAAAAUCAGCAGCAGCAAAAAGGUCCCAUCCGGACCAGCAGAGACGUCAUCUAGUGACAGUAGCUCUGAAGAGGAGAAAGGGGCCUGUAAAAGUACUGUGAAAGCUGCGACACCUGCAAAAGCCAAGACCGUACCACCAGUUAAAGCUAAUGAGAGCAGCAGCUCUUCAGCGAGUUCAUCAGAUGAGGAUGAAGAGCCACAGAAGGCAGUCACAGCACCGACAACACUCGCAGCAAACGGUACCAAAGGAAAGAAAAAGGGAUCUGGAGAAACACUGGAAGGGGAGCAAGAUGAAGUCAAGACUCCAAAAAACAAGAAGAAAACAAGCACACCACAGACUUUUCCUAAAACAAACAAGUCUUCAAAUCCACCUUUUCGUAGAAUAAGAGAUGACUGUGUAGAGGUGGAUCCCCGUCUUGCAGACAAUUCUUUUGAAGCAAAGAAUGGAAAUAAAGACGAUUGGGGCCAGAAGGCAAACGAUGUCCUCAAGUUCACAAAAGGCAAAUCAUUCCGCCAUGAAAAGACAAAAAAGAAGAGGGGAAGCUACCGUGGCGGUGCCAUCUCCACGACUGUCAACUCUAUAAAGUUUGACAGUGACUGAGGACCUUCUCUAUCUGUUGGUUCCACCUGAACUGUAUUACACAGGUGUGAUGUGGACCAUCAGAUGCCCGCUUCCUCUGUAACCUGAAACAUGGUCACCAUAGCAACAGCACAUGGACAAAAGAGCUCAGCCUGCACAUGAA